CCCGCCUCUUUCCCCUCCCCAGGCCCCGGCGAGCGCUGGUGUGGACGGGAAGCUCCCGGUCCGGCGGACUAACUGGAGCACGGACGCUGCAGCCGGUUGGGCCGGUGCCCUUUCCCGGUAACUCCUUCCUGGCGUGACGCGCGGAGCCGCGGACGCAGCAGGACCGAGCUGGCUCAGGCUUCUCCCCUCUGGAAAGGAAGAGAAAUGGAAGUGAAAAAGUUGAGCGUUUCCUGGCAGUUCUUGAUAGUUCUGGUUCUGAUCCUGCAAAUUCUGUCUGCGUUGGAUUUUGACCCAUACAGAGUCCUAGGGGUCAGCCGAACAGCCAGUCAGGCUGAUAUUAAAAAGGCUUAUAAGAAGCUCGCCCGGGAAUGGCAUCCUGACAAAAACAAAGAUCCUGGCGCAGAAGACAAGUUCAUUCAGAUCAGCAAAGCUUAUGAGAUUCUUUCCAAUGAGGAAAAGAGAUCAAAUUAUGAUCGCUAUGGAGAUGUUGGCGAGAACCCAGGCCACCAGAAGCAGCAGCAGCCGCGAGAAUAUCGCUUCCGUCAUUUUCAUGAAAAUUUUUAUUUCGCUUUUUUUCACUUCCCUUUUAAUUCUGAGCGGCGGGACUCAAUUGAUGAAAAGUAUUUAUUGCACUUUUCACAUUAUGUGAAUGAAGUGGUUCCAGAUAGCUUCAAGAAACCCUACCUCAUUAAGAUCACCUCAGAUUGGUGCUUUAGCUGUAUCCAUAUUGAGCCUGUUUGGAAAGAAGUGGUUCAAGAACUAGAAGGAUUGGGUGUAGGCAUCGGUGUGGUCCAUGCUGGGUACGAGCGUCGCCUGGCCCAUCACCUGGGAGCACACAGCACACCCUCUAUCCUGGGAAUCAUAAAUGGGAAAGUCUCCUUCUUCCACAAUGCCAUCGUUCGUGAGAACCUACGACAAUUUGUGGAAAGUCUUCUUCCAGGGAACUUGGUGGAGAAAGUUACAAAUAAAAACUACGUCAGAUUCCUUUCCGGCUGGCAGCAGGAGAACAAACCCCAUGUCCUUCUGUUUGACCAGCUGCCCGUGGUGCCGCUGCUGUACAAGCUGACUGCUUUUGCAUACAAGGAUUACUUGUCGUUUGGAUACGUCCACGUCGGCCUGAGAGGAGCGGAAGAAAUGAUGAGGCAGCACAACAUCAACGUGUACACCCCCAGCAUCCUGGUCUUUAAAGAGCACAUGGACAAGCCUGCUGACACUCUCCAGGCCCGAGGUAUUAAAAAACAAGUUAUGGAUGACUUCUUGACCCAAAACAAGUAUCUGUUGGCAGCCAGACUCACCAGCCAGAGGUUGUUCCAUGAACUCUGCCCCGUGAAACGGACUCACCGACAGAGGAAGUACUGUGUGGUGUUACUGACUCCCGAGGCCACCAAGUUGAGCAAACCCUUUGAUGCUUUCCUGUCCUUUGCCCUGGCAAACACGCAAGACACGGUGAGAUUCGUGCACGUCUACAGCGGCCGGCAGCAGGAGUUUGCCAGCACCUUACUGCCUGACACCGAGGCGUUUCGAGGGAAAUCCGCGGUAUCUGUCUUGGAAAGGCGCAACACAGCAGGGAGGGUGGUGUAUAAAACUCUGGAGGACCCCUGGACCGGGAGUGAGAGUGACAGGUUCAUCCUCUUGGGUUUUCUCGACCAGCUGCGGAAAGACCCUGCUCUUCUGUCCUCUGAAGCUGUGCUUCCUGACCUGACCGAUGAACUUGCCCCUGUUUUUCUCCUUCGAUGGCUCUACGCUGCCUCUGACUACAUCUCCGACUGCUGGGACAGCGUGUUCCACAACAACUGGCGGGAGAUGAUGCCCCUGCUGUCCCUCAUCUUCUCUGCCCUCUUCAUCCUCUUCGGUACCGUCAUCGUCCAGGCUUUCAGUGAUUCAAAUGAUGAGCGAGAGUCAAACCCUCCAGAUAAAGAGGAAGCCCAUGAGAAAGCUGGGAAGACGGAGCCGAGCUUUGCCAAGGAGAACAGCAGUAAGAUUCCUAAAAAAGGCUUUGUGGAAGUCACUGAGCUCACAGAUGUAACUUACACCAGUAACUUGGUUCGUCUGCGGCCAGGCCACAUGAACGUGGUUCUCAUCCUGUCAAAUUCCACCAAGACCAGCCUGCUGCAGAAAUUCGCUUUGGAGGUCUACACAUUCACUGGGAGCAGCUGCCUACACUUCUCCUUCCUGAGCCUCGACAAACACAGAGAAUGGCUCGAAUACUUACUAGAAUUUGCUCAAGAUGCAGCCCCAAUCCCAAACCAGUAUGAUAAGCAUUUUAUGGAACGUGACUACACUGGUUAUGUACUGGCUCUGAAUGGCCACAAGAAGUACUUCUGCCUCUUCAAGCCCCACAAAACAGUUGAAGAGGAGGAAGCCAUGGGGUCGUGCGGUGACCUGGACUCUUCCGUCCACCCAGGGGAGUUUCGAGGAAAAUCUUCCUGUGGCCUCGGCUCCAGGCCCAUCAGAGGGAAACUCAGCAAGUUGUCCUUAUGGAUGGAGCGGCUGUUGGAAGGCUCCUUACAGAGGUUUUAUAUCCCGUCAUGGCCUGAGCUAGACUGAGAGGGUCACAAAGAGAUUCGAACUCUUCAGACUUUUUAACAUGCCCCGUGAGCAGGUAUUUUCAGGACUCAAACCCAUCACAAAGAACAGAGUAUAGAUUUUAGAUCGCUCUUCUAGUACAAUGGCUAGAAGACUCUUUCCUUUAUCCUGUUCUAACCUAGGAGUGAAAAACACCAGAAGUUCGAAUUACCUAGAUCAAAAUAUUUUUCUUUUGGGUUUUUUCCCCCCUCAUUUGAAUGCUGCACUGUUUAAAAUAGACUGCUCAUCCCCUCUUCCUGUGUCGUCCCUGUCCCAUGUUCACACCACCCUCCUCUGUCCUUUUUCUUCUGUGGAGAAACACAGGGCUUAGCCCUGCAGCAUUACCUGGAUGGAACCUCCUGAGCCCCUGGUGCAUGUGUGUCCAUCCCUACCCUCAGGCCCUGCCCUCCCGGCCCCAGCUGUGCUUCUGCCAGGGCGCAUGCUCUUAACACCUAACCAAGUGACUCUGGGCCCUGCAUCUUGAAAGAAGCCUGGCUCCAAGCAAUCUUACACUUCGUGGUGGUUCUGGGAGUAAAUGGCUAAAAGUGUAUUUUGGGGGUAUCCCCCACAACAGUUUAUUAGCCACAGUUUUAGAACAAAAGGGAUGAGUGGGGACUUUUGCAUAUGAGUUUGGGUUUCUUCCCAAGGAAAGGGAAGGGAGGGCCAGGCAUGAUAGCGAUGCAACUCCAGGAUCCUUUGUGAGCAUCCCACCCUCCAACUUCCAGCACUGCCGGAGGCAGGGGAGGGGUCGCACAGCGAGAAGUACUGUAAUGCCUUUGAGCCGUUGAUGUGUAUGUUUUCAGAUGCCUUUCUGACUCUCGAAUUUAGGGUAUGGAUAUUAGGAGCCAUAACUUGUAAUCUUGUUCUCUGAACGUAGAGAUAAGCUGCUAUAAAGCCUGUAGAUGUUACCCUGAGGACAAAGUUCUCCCACCUGCUGGAAGUCAGGCUCCAGAAGCCUGUGCACGCCAGUGGUGUAUCUUUAGUAAAGUACCAGACAUGUCUUUUUAUCAAGGAACUUAAAAUUUCUCAACAAUUGUAUUUUGAACACUGUUAUCCCAGCACCCCAAAAGUGCUGUUAACUAUUCAAGUCGUCUUUUGUGGCAGGUAAGCCAAGACUUGGCCUGGACUCCUGUUUUACAAGAGGCUUACUUUCUGCUUCUGACCUAUAAUUUGAUGUCUCAUCUGAGUUGUUUUCACUCUUAACCUACAGCCGCUUCACUAGUAUCAGGGUCUGACUGAUCAUCAGCACCCCAGCUUCCUGAGAUCCGGUGUAAGAUGCACUCCAGGCCAGAGCGCACCAGCCGGUUAGAGAGCAUUGCCCUAUAAGUUGAGGGCAGAACCACCGGUGGAGUUUGGACCACUUCUAAGAACAGUCUGAAUGUCAAAGCAAAUUGCCCCUUUGCAAAGUGAAGGGUGAAAAUCACUGAUGUGACAGUUACUGAGUUAGUAUUGAUCGCAUCAGAAUUGCUUUAAGUAAGCCACUUGAAUCCUCAAUAAUUUAAAUAUUUAGCUACCAUGGUAAGUAAUAAAUUAUUUGAGCCCAGGAAUUCCUGUAGUUUCCACCGAGUCUAUAGCUUUAUUAAAAACGAGAUCACUGUCAGGCCUCCUUCUUCCUUGGGAUCCUCGGAAAAUGGAUGCACACUCUGAAUGCUGUACCUCACGGCACCUGGCCUAGUCGAGGAGUCCUCGGAAGUACUUUCUGGGUCUUUUCUGGCCAAGUUCCUCAUAUGAGUAGUACUUUGGUUCAGUGGUAGGUCUUUGUUUUUAGCUUCUGGUACUUAGUGAAGUUCCUGACUAUAGUUUCUGAAAACCAAAAACUCCCCAGAUUUGUUUGUCUUUUACAUUUUUAUCAUGAAAAGAUGAGCACCUCCAGACAGCCACACCCUCCGUUUGCACUAGGAGAGGAAAGUGGCCAUCGGAUCGACGAUACUCCUGGCAAAUGUUUCAUCUGUUUCUGUAGAAAGGCUUCUACAGAUCUGUUUGCGGGCUGGUAGAUAUGUCCCCCAGGAGGACAAGGGGCUUUCAUCUUAAGUUGAGCUUUACCCUUGACCAGCUAAGCCUUUUCUCCUGCAUGUUGUUUCCAUGAGUUGUUUACUUUCAUGAGGAAUUUAGGAGCCACCGUCAGGCUCAGCCGACGACGCCAUUUCUCGCUCUGGUGUGUGCGAUCACGCAGGACCCGAUUUGGGGCUGUAACUCUCUCGUCUUCAGAUAGGAACACUGACGACUUUAGAGAUAGGUUUUUCUGGUCGAUACAGACUAUGUAUCAUAUUACCAGAAGGGGUGAAAACUGGCCUAAGACAGUCUUCCUAGAACACACACCGUCCGUUUCAAGUUUUUCUUAAUACUGCUCACAGGUUGGCUGCACGUACUGUCUAACCCAGAGGCCGUCAGCCCCGACUAACAUUUCCCGAGCCAGGCUGCCCAAACCUCCGUCAGGUGCCAUGGUCUCGCUGCCAUCGUCUAUUGACUGAGAAUCUGGUUGGUUUUGAAAUAAGGUGGUUUCUUCCUCAUCCGCUUACUCACACCUUUUCAUCUAUUAUCAUCCUAAUCAAUUUGCAGCUGCCAUUAGUACAGGCAUGUUUUCCUGAGACAGAGAAAUGGGCUCUGACAGUGUCUUAAGCGAUGUCCUUUCUUUGGAAACAGAUUGGAAGCAAACAUUCAAACUUUUGGGUUUUUUUUAAAGUAGAAUUCUAGAAAAGCUGAUACAGAACAUCUUUGCCCACGAACUCUAGUUCACAUUCAAAUAUCUGACAUUGUUCCUUGAAAAUAAAUGCCGUCCGGCAGCUGCCGAGCGCCUCUGUUCAGUUUGUCAAGGAGAAUAAUUCUACUUGGGAGACAGAUCUGGAAAAGAAGGUGAAUCUUUUGCACUUUUGAUACUCUUAGGAACAAAUAACUUAUUUGGCAAAUUGUGUCUUUU